AUGGCAAUGACGGGCCCAACGCCGUGCUCGUCCAUGAGUAAUCACACCAAGGAGCGAGUUACGAUGACAAAGGUGACGUUGGAAAACUUCUACAGCAAUCUCAUCGCGCAGCAUGAGGAACGAGAGAUGAGACAAAAGAAGCUAGAACAAAUGAUGGAAGAAGAAGGCUUAAAAGAUGAAGAGAAAAGAAUCCGGAGGUCAGCACAUGCACAAAAGGAAACUGAGUUCCUUCGCCUGAAGAGAACAAGGCUUGGUUUGGAAGACUUUGAGUCUUUGAAAGUAAUAGGCAGAGGAGCAUUUGGAGAGGUGCGACUUGUCCAGAAGAAAGAUACGGGACACGUGUAUGCAAUGAAAAUCCUCCGUAAAGCCGAUAUGCUUGAGAAAGAGCAGGUUGGCCAUAUUCGUGCGGAGCGGGACAUUCUAGUGGAGGCAGACAGUUUGUGGGUUGUGAAAAUGUUCUAUAGUUUUCAGGACAAGCUAAACCUCUACCUUAUCAUGGAGUUCCUGCCUGGAGGUGAUAUGAUGACACUGUUGAUGAAAAAAGACACUCUGACAGAAGAGGAGACACAGUUCUAUAUAGCCGAGACGGUGCUAGCCAUCGAUUCCAUCCAUCAGCUGGGUUUUAUCCAUCGGGACAUAAAACCAGACAACCUUCUUCUGGACAGCAAGGGCCAUGUAAAACUCUCUGAUUUUGGUCUGUGUACUGGACUAAAGAAAGCCCACCGAACCGAAUUCUACAGAAACUUGAACCAUAGUCUUCCUAGUGACUUCACUUUCCAGAACAUGAAUUCCAAACGGAAAGCAGAGACUUGGAAGAGAAACAGACGGCAGUUGGCUUUUUCUACUGUGGGUACUCCGGAUUACAUUGCCCCUGAAGUUUUCAUGCAGACUGGCUACAACAAGCUUUGUGACUGGUGGUCACUUGGGGUCAUCAUGUACGAGAUGUUGAUCGGUUAUCCACCGUUCUGUUCUGAGACUCCUCAAGAAACAUAUAAGAAAGUAAUGAAUUGGAAAGAGACUCUCACGUUUCCUCCAGAAGUUCCAAUAUCUGAUAAAGCAAAGGACCUUAUUUUAAGAUUUUGCUGUGAAUGGGAGCACAGAAUUGGUGCAUCUGGUGUGGAGGAAAUAAAGAGUAACCCAUUCUUUGAAGGGGUAGAUUGGGAGCAUAUCAGAGAGAGACCUGCUGCGAUUUCAAUAGAAAUUAAAAGCAUUGAUGAUACCUCAAACUUCGAUGAGUUUCCAGAAUCUGAUAUCCUUAAACCAACAGAGACUGACUACAAGAACAAAGACUGGGUUUUUAUCAACUACACCUACAAGCGUUUUGAAGGUCUGACAGCCCGAGGAGCAAUACCAUCCUAUAUGAAAGCAGGAAAGUAA